GCCUAUUUACGGUGAUUUGCAAUUUGCUGAGCUUAGAAAAUGUGCAUCUAUGUAAUAACAUCAUUUUUAUUAACUGUCCAUCCAAAAUAUCACAAGACAGUUUGCUUCUUACAUUCACCUUGGCCGGGGAAUAAGAACCUGUUUGUUACAGUGGAAACCUUUCACUUCUUCAAGGACUUGAAUGUCAGAAUCAUCUACACAAACCAGAUAUUGAUGAGUGAAUAUAAACAGCUCAGCAGUGACGAGUGUUACCUUUUUACAAGUUAUGAGAUCUCCAUUGAUGCUGAUGUAGUAUUCACUUUACACUCCUGCAUUCCCAGUAUAAAACAGAGUUACCUAUCCCACCAAAUUAGAAACAGACACUAUCCACACUGGGUAACACUUGCAGAAACUAUAUGGGCCAUGUGGAAACAACAGUCAGAAAUCAGAUAUGCAUGCACAGACAACACAACAGUGGACAAACAAGUGCCCAUUACCAAGGACAUUGCCUCAACAUAGCAAAGUAUUGUG